AUGUUGAGGCCGUCUUUCCAGACGCUUCAGCGCUCGCUGCGCAAUUCCUUGCUGGUGGCUCGAUCCUCUGCAUCGGCAUCCACUCCCACCACCAGCAGUGCUGUUGCCCAGCCCCUGCGAUCCUUUGUUUCCGCAGCUUCUGCCGCCAAGCCGGCUCUCACCUCCACGGCUCGCGGUGGCCUGUCCGCAUCCUCGACACCGCUUCGUCAUGUUGAACAACAGGUUCGAGGUGUCCGCACCAGCCCUUUUCGUCCCAACGGCGAUAGCGCUACUGGAUUCGGCGGUCGUCUUGCAUUUUCAGCACCACACGCUGCACCAGCUGCUAAUGCCCCUACCAGCUUUUCGCAGCCCGGCGGAUGGACUCGCGCCUUGGCCAGUCUCGGCAUCAUCGGUGGUACUGCUUUUGCUGCCAACAUGUUCUUCAACCGCGAGACCCGUGAUGCUUUGCACCCAGUCGAGGCAAGCUACCUGAACAGCACCUUCAUGUAUCUUGCUGGUGGCUUGGCCCUCACUGGCGCUGCUGCUGUCGGUCUUCACCGCUACGGUGUCUCUCAGCGAGUCAUGAUGGCCAACCCAUGGCUUGUGCUCGGUGUCGGCCUCGUUGCUAGCAUCGGUGGUAUGAUUGGUGCCACCUCGCUGCCACCCGGUCACCCCAUGAAGGUCCCAUCUUGGUUGCUUUUCAACGCUUCCCAGGCCGCAGUUCUCAGCCCAUUGCUCUUCCUCAACCCUGCCGUCCUCUCGCGAGCUGCCCUCUACACCGCCGGUCUUGUUGGCUCGCUUUGCUACGUCGGUGCUACUGCUAAGGAAGACAAGUACCUCUGGAUGGGCGGUCCUUUGCUUGCUGGUGUCACCAUCGUCGCCCUGUCGUCGCUGGCUCCCAUGAUUCUGCCUCGCACCGCCUUCCGUACCCUCGCAGUCACCGAGUCGCUCUCGCUCUACGGUGGUCUUGCUGUCUUUGGUGCCUUUGUUCUCUACGACACUCAGCGCAUCUUGAAGCAUGCACAAGCUGUCCGAGCUGGCUACACUCAGGGUGAUCCUCUUGCCGAAUCCAUCAGCCUCGAGCUCGACUUUAUCAACAUCUUUGUUCGCAUGGUCCAGAUUCUUGGCAUGCAGCAGAACCGUCGCAAGUGA